GAGCGGUCGGUUUAACAAAUAUUUUAAAUUCAGAAUAAUUACAUUGCAGUUUUAGCCCACGAUAUUCUUUAAACAACAAAAGUAUUACAACAUUCGCUCCUUUCCAACGCGCUGCUCUUUGUCCUGAAACGUGUGUGUGUGUGUGUGUGUGUGUGUGUGUUGAUCGACUGUUUCGGAUAUCCUCUAAUCGCCCCUGAAUCCCGGGGCACCGCCAUGUGAUCGAGCUGGAAAGCGGACUGGCGUUUUUGAACCGGGGAAGAGCUGAAGAAGGAGCUGAAGAAGGAGCUGAGAGUCACGGAUGUGAAAUAACAAGAACAUCUUGAAACGCAGCCGCAAAACAUCGACGGUUUCAAAAUAGCCGCAUGGACGGAGAAAAGUCGUGUGUUGGACACUGGAGGAGAAGCGGCUGAGGAAAGCGCUGAUUUGUGAAAGCCGUGGAAGCGCUUCGAGCUCAUCACUAUCCCACAAACGGAGCGGAAAAACUUUGAAAGGAAAAGUUUUGCCGUUUUGCUUCGAUUAUGAAUUGCAGGCACUCAGUCUGAGUAAAUGUAAGAUCGGAUUACUACGUUUGUAAACAAUGUUAUUUUCAGGCGAAAUGAAGAAUUAUUCUUGUUGUCUAGCGGCAGUUCCUCUGUAGCCCUCGGAGCAGAUCCUGUACACAGCGAGUCUCUUUCUUCUUCCACUGAUCAGAUCAGUACGAGUCUUAGGAGGUUACAAUGCUGGGAAACUUCUAGGUAGCGGUCGGACACGGUGAACGCCGCCUCGGGUGGGUUUGUUAGUUAAACACAUCAACAUCUUAGUCUGUUGAUGUUCCAUCUUGGUGCUACUUUAUAAACCGGAUGGUCGCACAGCCUGGCUAACUGCUAGCUCCAUUACUCCCAUGGUAAAUAAACCCCAGCCGGUGCUGACGGGAGUUUAAUCCGCGUUGGGUCACGCGCGUGGAAACCGCUUUUAAAACCUGCUUGUCCAGUGGAAACGGAGUUUACCGUGGGAGUAGAUCCGGCAUGGAGACUGACUCGAUGACCGGAGACGUGGACUCUGUUCAGGGAGUCCCCUUUUCUGUGGACCCGGUGCUCGAAGGCAUUUUGAUGGACUCCUUUUGCCAGCAACAAGGAUGGAUGCGCGUUUAUGAUGUAAAAGGGCCACCAAGCCACCGCUUUUCCUGUGGCCAGUCACCCUUCUCUGAGCCAAGUGUCUGGGAGAAGAAGUACUGCAUCCUCACUGACAACCAGCUCAUCCUGCUAAACCGUGAAGAAGAGAUGCCUUUAGAGGUGCAUGAAAGCCCCACAGUUUCAACGUCCAAGGGCCGAAGCCUGAGGAGAACAGUCAGCGUCCCCUCUGAAGGACAGUUCCCAGAGUAUCCAGCAGAGGGAACAUCCAUGUUGGAAGUAUCGUCAGAUCGCUCCCCUAGACGGCGGAGCAUCUCUGGCCUUGGCAGCUCUGAGAAGAACGUUUCAGUGGAUGGGCCCAUCUCCUCGCCCUUCAAGGUGCCAGGUUUUUUCAGUAAACGACUGAAAGGGUCAAUUAAAAGGACAAAGAGCCAGACGAAACUGGAUCGGAACCCAAGCUUCAGGAUACCGUCAUUAAGACCUAUUGAGAAUGACAGGUCACGAGGUCUACCCAAGCUGAAAGAGUCCUGUUCACAUGAGUCUUUGCUCAGUCCGAGCAGUGCUGUGGAGGCACUAGAUCUCAGCAUGGAUGAUGAGGAUGUUUACAUUAAACCACUUCACAGCAGUGUGCUGGGACAGGAGUUCUGUUUUGAGGUGACAUAUUCAGGUGGCAGUAAGUGCUUCAGCUGCUCCUCAGCUUCUGAGAGAGACAAAUGGAUGGAAAAUAUCAAGAGGACUGUUCAACCAAAUAAGGACAACUGCCGUCGUGCAGAGAACGUGCUACGCCUGUGGAUCAUCGAGGCCAAAGACUUGCCGCCCAAAAAGAGAUACUUUUGUGAGCUGUGUCUAGAUGAUGUACUUUAUGCACGUACCACAAGCAAGAUGCGUUCAGAUUGCCUAUUUUGGGGUGAGCACUUUGAAUUUGGUGGUCUGCCUACCAUCAACAGCAUCACUGUGCAUGUGUAUCGUGAUGCUGACAAGAAAAAGAAAAAAGACAAGAGCAACUAUGUUGGAUUGGUAAACAUUCCAAUGCAGGCUGUAAGUGGGCGCCAAUUUGUGGAGAAAUGGUACACAGUUAGCACACCUACAAGCAGUAAGGUGAAAGGGGGAGGCCCCUCCAUCCGAAUCAAGUGCCGUUUUCAGAGUGUCACAAUCCUUCCCAUGGAGCUGUACAAGGAAUUUGCAGAGUUUGUUACCAACAAUUACACUAUGCUGUGUUCAGUGCUUGAGCCUGUAAUCAGUGUGAGGAAUAAAGAGGAGAUGGCCAGUGCACUUGUGCAUAUACUGCAGAGCACUGGCCGGGCAAAGGACUUUCUGACUGACCUGGUCAUGUCUGAGGUGGAUCGGUGUGCAGAUCAUGACGUGUUAAUCUUCAGGGAGAACACUCUGGCGACCAAAGCCAUAGAAGAAUACCUCAAACUUGUGGGACAAAAAUAUUUGCAUGAUGCCUUAGGGGAGUUUAUCAAAGCUCUGUAUGAGUCGGAUGAGAACUGUGAGGUGGAUCCUUCAAAGUGCCCCAGCAGCGAGCUGCCUGAGCACCAAAGCAACUUAAAAAUGUGCUGUGAACUAGCCUUCUGCAAGAUCAUCAAUUCAUACUGUGUUUUUCCACGUGAGCUGAAGGAGGUGUUUUCCUCAUGGAAGCAACAGUGCCAAGCUCGGGGGAAGCAGGACAUUAGCCAGCGACUAAUCAGUGCUUCACUAUUUCUCCGCUUUCUCUGUCCAGCCAUCAUGUCACCAUCCCUCUUCAAUCUUAUGCAGGAGUAUCCCGAUGACCGUACCUCACGCACACUCACCCUCAUUGCUAAAGUUAUCCAGAAUCUCGCCAACUUCACCAAGUUUGGCAAUAAAGAGGAGUACAUGGCCUUCAUGAAUGAUUUUCUGGAGCAUGAGUGGGCAGGCAUGACCCGCUUCCUGCUGGAGAUCUCCAACAUUGAAACCAUCUCUAACACACCAGGCUUUGAGGGAUACAUUGACUUAGGCCGUGAGCUCUCUCUACUGCAUGCCCUCCUGUGGGAGGUCGUGUCUCAGCUAGACAAGGGUGACAAUUCCUUCCUGCAGGCAACAGUGGCCAAACUGGGGCCUCUGCCCCGUAUCCUGGGUGACAUCACACGGUCACUGUCCAACCCCACACCAAUCCAGCAGCUGAGACACUUCCAAGAUCACGGCUCCACCCACAACAUCAAUGGCAGUGUCUCUUCAGGACUGCAAAGGAUAUUUGAAGACCCAGAUGGCAGUGAAAUUCAAAAUGAAAAAUUUCCAGUUCAUGAACAUGCAGAUGUUCUGCCACAUGAAAAGCCCCCCUUACUGUGCCAACAGCAAUCCCUGCAUAGCAUGAGCUUCUCUGACAAGGAGCAAAAGAGCCACCUCUCUAAUGGGCGCAGCAUCUCCCUGAUGGACCUACAGGACUCUCAGCUUCUUCAUGAAGCCUCAUCAAGAAUUGGCCGCAUAGGUUCACAAGCAUCCAUUGGCCCACUUCCUCCCCCUCUCCCACACCUCCAUCAUCACCAUCCACAGCAACAGCAGGCCAAAGUGGUCACACUAAGGGAAAACAUACCUCAGAGUGCACCACAAGUACGCCGGCCUCUGCAACCAUCGAUGAGCCAGCAGCGCAGUCUACAGCCGCUCUGCUUUAAGAACCCUGUAUACCAGCUAAGCAACACUCACGCACUGCACUCAGCACAGAUGCUGCUUCAGGCCCACUCCAGCUCAGAGAACCUGAGCACAGCAAGCUCACACAGUGCCAGCCCUAGCAAUACACCCAGGAAAAGUUUGCCCUCCACCACUAAUCAGGAAGAGGAGGAAAAACACUCUCUCUGCUGGCAUACAGCUUUAGUUGACACCCAGUCAGGGCCACAAGUAAUGGCUGUGGCUAGGCAGAGUGGUGCGGGUACAGCUCACAUUGUAAAGGUGGAACAGCAAAGUAGGGCAAAUGAAGGGAUGUCACGCUCAUUACCACAUGGCACCUCACAGCACAGCAGCAGCAGUGUCCAUACAGACUCUCAACAGCAAGGUGAAGCUUGCUCCAGACAACAGUCAUUCUGCUCUCGAGACAGUCCCAUUCCAAGCAACAGAACUAACAGACAGGUUCACUCUCCUGUCGAGUCAGUCACCAUGUCCCCUGUGGAGCGUACGGCAGCAUGGGUCCUGAAUAAUGGCCAGUACGAGGAGGAUGAGGAGGAAGGAAGGAGCAAGAAGGAAAGCAGGCAUGUGGAGAAGUAUGAGCAAGAGAUCAUAAAGCUGAAAGAGAGGCUGCGUGUGUCUGGUCGCCGCUUAGAAGAGUAUGAACGGCGGCUUGUGGCACAAGAGCAGCAAAUGCAGAGGCUGUUGCUGGAGUACAAGACUCGCCUGGAGGAAAGUGAGGAACGUUUGCAUCGGCAACAGGACGAGAAAGACAGCCAAAUGAAGAGCAUUAUCUGCAGGUUAAUGAUAGUGGAGGAGGAGCUGAAAAGAGACCAUGCAGAGAUGCAGGCAGUUAUAGAUGCAAAGCAGAAGAUCAUAGAUGCACAGGAAAAGCGGAUCAGCUCCCUUGACGCUGCUAACUCUCGCCUCAUGAGCGCCCUCAGUCAGGUCAAAGAGCGCUACAGCAUGCACAACCUUUGCAAUGGCCUCUCACCCGCUAAUCCUACCAAGCUCUCCAUCACUGAGAAUGGAGAGUUCAAGAACAGCGGCUGCUGAUCAGGAUGUUUGCACCUGUCAAAAUGUGUUACUUAAUUCUCAGACAUGUGAUCACUAUCUCCAUGUAGACUUUGGACUAAAAUGCAGAGUCGGUGGCCAUGCUACAAAAUAAUUUUUAAGGAAUGUCUGGUUACAAAAUGUUUAUAUAUUGUAUCUUGCAUCAGAUUUGUACAGAAUGGAGUAUUCAGUGCUUCUGUUUAGAGGAUUUUUUAUUUGUUUAGAGAUAUACUAUCACUCUAAAUCAGUGGUUUUAUGUUUUAAAUACUGAAAAUGCCAUACAUGUGAGUUAAGACUACAAUAUUAAAAGAUUUUAAGGAUUGAUAUACUGAUUUGUCAUUGAGGAUAUGUACAUAUAAGAUAAUGGGACUGUUUUAGAAGACAUGCUAUAGAUGCAGACAGAAGAGUUUUGAAGUGCUUUCUAAUGUGGGCACACAAAUAGAAGGCAGGUUUAUGCACUCAAUUUUAUAACCAAAAUUUUCUAUGCUUUUGAUCUCCCAUUUAAAUUCUUAGUUUUAUUUUCUUGUUUUUGAUGUCAUGUUCUCUGAUUUAUGGGCAAGUUUAGUACAUAAAUCACCUAGUUGUUAUGGGGAGGGAGGGAGUCAUUUUAGCUUUACACCAGUGAAAAAAUGUAUGAUUGAAAAUACAAAGAUUUGUCAUCUACCUUUCCUGCUACUCUAUAUGACUACAGGUUUGUGGACACAUUGUGGCAACAGUUUAGGAAGACCCACAUAUGGGUGUGAUGAUCUGGUUUCCACCUAAUUUUGGCCAGAUAAUCUAUUAAGUAUGUUUUCUGCUUUUUCCCUUUGAUUUUAAUGUAGGUUAAGUGCAGUGUUGAGCUAGCUCUAGCGAUUUUUUUUCCAUUUUAUUCAUAGCCUAAUAAAUAGAUCUAACUAAACCAAAGUUGGCACUCUUAACUUCCUGCUGCUUUAAACAAUGGUGGUCAAAUAGAUAUUCUGUUGGAUCAUCACUUACGUUCAAAUUCCUGCUUGUUUGCUAUCUUAUUUAACGUUUACCAAUGACUACUGUUAAAUCACACUGUUAUGCCACAAUGGCUUCAUGUUAAUGUAAUCUAUUUUGUAGCAAAUGCUAAAUGCUUUUUUGCCAUUGUCACUGUUUUGUAACAUUAUGACAAAAUUGCAGGGAAUAAAGUGGUUGAGACUCAAA